UCCUUUUCUAUUAUUGGGUUUCUACAAUUUUCAAGAAAAAACACCACGUGCCUCUACCAUUACUAUACUCCUCAAUCCAGCCAUCAUCGUUUCAUUUUCCCAAUAAAAAUCCUUCAUUUUUUAUUUCACUUUUUUGGUCUGAUUUUCUUGUUCUCAACCUCACUGGGAUUCUUGGACAUCUUUUCAUGUAAGUUUCUGCUUUAUUUCUGAAUCCUAUGCUUUUUGGCAUUUUAAUUCUCUGUUUCAUCACCUCAAGAAGCUGUCAUUUUCAUGAAUUAAAUUACUGAAGCAAAGCAUGGCAAGAUUCAUUCUUUCACUCUUGCUAUCAUGGAGUUUCUUGAUUUGGGGCACUCAGCAGCUCCAAUCCUCUCAAACCCAAGUUCUUCUGCAGCUGAGGAAGCAAUUAGAGUAUCCAAAACAGUUAGAUUAUUGGGCAAAUCCUGGGAUUGAUCUCUGCUUUGCCUCCACUCCACAAGUGAACAUCACAUGCCAAGACAGCAUCGUGGUUGAGAUCAAGAUAUAUGGUGAUGCCAGCACAAGGCCACCUAGUUUUGAUGGAUUCCCAUCUCCUCCCCAAACAUUGUCUGGGAAUUUCUCCAUGGAUUCACUCGUGGCAACGUUGUCGAGAUUGAACAGCUUGAGAGCUCUGACGCUUGUGUCUUUAGGCAUCUGGGGUCCCAUUCCUGUCAAGAUUCAUAGGCUGCAUUCUCUUGAAUCAUUGGAUUUGAGCUGGAACUUUCUGUUUGGAUCUGUUCCUGUCACUUUCCCAAGAAUCCUCAGCCUUCAAGUGCUUAAGCUUGAUGGGAACUUCUUGAAUGGCACUUUCCCGGAUUGGAUCAAUCCGUUUUCGAAUCUCACGAGCUUGAGCUUGAGGGCGAACCGGCUCGAAGGUCCAUUGCCUAAUUCUCUGCAGAAACUUACCUCAUUGACUGAUAUUAAUCUGUCCAACAAUGUGAUCAAUGGGAAGCUGAUCGAUCUAAGUGGCUUAUCGCGCUUGUAUUGGAUGGAUUUGAGCAAUAAUAAGCUGGAUUCCGGCCUUCCUAGUUUGCCAAAAGGCAUAGCCACGGUUGUACUGAGCAACAACUCUUUCUCAGGGAGAAUUCCUGAGCAGUAUGGAAAACUGAGGCAGCUUCAGCAGCUUGACCUCUCUUUCAAUGCGCUUACUGAGGCAACUGGUGUAGGGGGGCUCGUUGCGUUGCCUGAAAUAGCUUCGCUGAACUUGGGGUCGAAUAUGCUAACUGGAUUGCUUCCAUCGCGUUUUAGCUGUGGGAGCAAGCUUCAGUUGGUUGAUAUAUCGAAUAAUAGGCUGAGAGGUGAGUUGCCGUCUUGUUUGAGCUCUAAUGUGAAGAAUAGAACCAUCCGGUUCAGUGGCAAUUGCUUGGCCACUGAUCCGAAGCAUCAGCACCCUGAAGCAUACUGUGCGAGUGCUGCUAUUAUCCAAGAGAAGGCCAAACCUCAAGAGAAAAAAAGUGUGGGGGUGUUGAUAGGUGUCAUUGGUGGGAUUGCUGCAGUUGUGGUGCUUCUGGCCGUUGGCUUUCUUGUGUUCUGUCGGCAGUAUUGCCCUAGAGGGACGUCGGAGCAGCACUUGCUGCAUAAGGCGGUUCAUGAUAAUUCUGUCACCGGAUACACUGCUGAGAUUCUGACCAGUGCUAGGUAUAUUUCGGAUGCAGCAAAGCUAGGCGUGCAGGGUUCACCGGCUCAUCGCCCCUUCUCACUAGACGAGUUGAAGGUAUCUACUAAUAACUUUGACAGUUCCGCGUUGAUGGGCCAGGGCUCAACUGGAAAGAUAUACAAAGGAAGACUGGACAACGGCACCCAGGUAGCUAUACGGUGCCUGGUAGUGUCGAAAAAAUACACAAUCCGGAAUCUUAAACUGAGACUAGAUUUGUUGGCUAAGCUCCGGCAUCCUCAUCUCGUCUGCUUUCUGGGACAUUGCAUCGAGAAUGAAGGAAAAGAAGUGUCUGGUGCCAACAAUGUCUAUCUUAUCUAUGAAUAUGUCCCAAAUGGAGAUUAUCUAGCUCAUCUUUCUGAAACAAAUCCAGACAAGGUGCUCAAUUGGUCUGAUAGGCUUGCUAUAUUGAUUGGCAUUGCUAAGGCCGUCCAUUUUCUGCAUACUGGAGUUAUUCCUGGCUUCUAUAGCAACCGGUUGAAGGCAAACAACAUCUUGUUAAACGAGCACAGGAUUGGAAAGCUGAGCGAUUAUGGAUUGUCUGUUGUAGCUCAAGAUAUCGACAAAGACACGGAGAAAGAAGGAGCCCUAAAAUCAUGGCACACGAAGAGCUUGGAUGAUGAUAUUUAUAGCUUUGGUAUCAUACUACUGGAGUCGCUUGUUGGGCCAUCAGUUCGUGCAAGAAAGGAGUCAUUUCUACUCAAUGAAAUGGUUUCCCUUGGAAAUCCAGACGGGCAGAGGCGAGUAGUUGAUCCAAUCGUGCUGGCAUCUUGCUCGCAAGAAUCACUUUCCAUCGCUAUAUCCUUGACGAUUAACUGCAUUUCUCCCGAGUCAUCAACUCGCCCUUCUUUUGAGGAUGUUCUCUGGAACUUGCAGUAUGCAGCUCAAGUUCAAGCGACGCAAAAUGUUGAUCCAAGAACAGGGAAAACAAUAGUGUCUCCAUAACGUAAUUUUGAUUCUGUAUCUUGUUUGGUGUAUGUAUAUCUGAUUUUGGAUAUUAGUAUGUGAUAACUUUUGAUCAGCUUGUCAACUGUAAAUCAUGUUUUGCUGCUGCUAUACUUGGUUUUAAUAAGAAUAGUUCAAUUUAUGAUGCUUCAAGUUCAA